CCAAACGAGCGUUAUGACACGGUGCAUGGCAACGGUUGGAUGUCGAGUGUGAUGGACCACGACACCGUUUCGCCGUCUUCCGGAACAGUCCCAUCUUCGCAAAGUGGCGGGCCGAGCAGCGGUACCGACAGUGGGGCAAGCACUAUUGACCGGUCUGACAACAAGGGCUCCGCGCCGAGCAUCGAUCAUAGCAAAUCUGCGAACUGCUCGUGCAGCAGCCUGCAAAAUGCUGUUCGUCCGGUCGCCGAGGCCGGAACAGAGAUGGAGCAGACCCAAACUUCGCUGCCUGGCGAUGAUACGAGCCACGAGUAUACCAACCAUGAUGGCCAGGAUGAGCACGGUUCGACCAGGUUGUGA